AUGAGGCUUUUGUGUGAUGUUACUGGUCGAAGUCCAUUUGGGCUGUUAGUAUUUUUGCUCUUUUCGUUGGUCAUGGAGCAAAGUUAUCAUGAGUAUACGGAUUAUAUUCACGAUUACUCGUUGGAUAACGAGUAUAGCUUACCCGUAUUCGAUCAGUUUUCAUCUCAUACCAAUGGAUACAGGUUCAGAGAUGAACCUGUCGAUCUUAGCUUCUUAGAUGGUUCGUCUACGGUUACACCCACUCUUGAUCCUGUAUAUUCGUUUCCGUUUGUGGGUACAGCCCCACAGGCGGAUUCUCCGGAUGAGUAUGAUGAUUCCGUUUCUAAGUACUUAAACCAGAUUCUCGUGGAAGAGGAUAUGGAAAGUAAGCAGAGUAUGUUUUACGACCCGUUUGCUUUACAAGCCACCGAGAAAUCUUUUUAUGAAGCUCUUGGUAAUAACAACCAACUGCCGAAUUUUAAUUUUGGCCCGAAUGCUGAUAGCCCAGAAGAGAUUACUUACGGAAGCUCAAGUGAGUAUAGUCCACAUAGCAGUAUAAGUGGAAGCAAUAACUCGGGUGAUCCUCAGUGGGUUAGAAGUGAUUCGUUUGAGGCUAAAUCGUCGGUUACACAAACUCCUUCACUUGAGUACCCUCCUUUAGUUUCUACUACCAAUGUGGGUAAUGAUAUUAAUGACUCGUUGGACUCGAUAAACAAACACAUGAUUCAGAAUAUGUUUACGGAUCGUGAAUCUAUCUUGCAGUUCAGGAAAGGUAUGGAGGAAGCGAAUAAAUUCCUUCCUCCUAGCAAACCGCUAGUUAUUGAUCUGGAUAAAUAUAACUUGCCGUCAGAUACACCUCGAGAUGUUGUUGUGAAAUCAGAGAGGGUCGAGAUGGAUAACACGCCACUGGUAUUAAAGGGAAGAAAACAUUUUGAAUUGGAUGUCGAUGAUUAUAAUGAAGAAAGAGUUAAGAAGCAGUCUGCGGUUUAUGAGGACGAAGAGGCCGAGCUGUCUGAUUUGUUUGAUCAAAUUCUUCUUUGUACUAAUGCUAAAGGUGAGUCUAUACCUUGGUGUGGAGACAUUCCUGCUCAAACUAAACCUCAAAAGACGUAUUGGAAUGCUCCUGCUUGGAGACCAGGAAAUACGAGUGACAGUGUCGAUGUUAGAACUCUGCUGAUCAAUUGUGCACAAUCCGUGGCAGCUGAUGAUUAUAAGAUGGCAUAUGAACAAUUAAAGCAGAUAAGACAACAUACUUCUCCUUCUGGCAAUGCUUUAGAAAGGUUGGCUCAUAUAUUCGCCCUUGGUUUAGAGGCACGCUUGUCUGGAACUGGUUCACAGAUCUAUGCAGCUCAAAAGGCCUGCAGAAUCUCGGCUGCUGAGAAGUUGAGAGCAUAUCAGGCUUACUUGUCAGCUUGCCCUUUUAAAAAGAAUGAGAUUUACUUUGCCAACAAAACGAUCUAUGACGCAUCUUUAUCUGCUUCUACCCUUCAUAUAGUGGACUUCGGUAUUUGUUAUGGUUUUCAGUGGCCGAUCCUUAUUAAACACCUGGCGGAAAGACCAGGUGGGCCACCUAAAUUGAGGAUUACAGGAAUAGAGUUUCCCCAACCUGGUUUUCGGCCAGAGGAACGUGUAGAGGAAACAGGUCGGCGGUUGGCUACUUAUUGUCAACGUUUCAAGGUUCCUUUUGAGUACAACGCUAUAGCGAUUCAAAAUUGGGAGAGGAUUACAGUCGAAGAUCUCAAGCUUCAGAGAAACGAGUUUCUUGCUGUCAAUGCUCCUACUCGAUUCGAGAACUUGCUUGAUGAGACGGUUGUUUCAGAUAGCAGUCCAAGGGAUGGCGUUUUGAAGUUGAUUAGGGAUAUGAAACCAGAUAUUUUUCUACAUUCAAUCGUCAAUGGGUCUUAUAGUGCACCAUUCUUUGUUACUCGUUUUAGGGAGGCUUUGUUUCACUACUCUGCUUUGUUUGAUCUGCUUGAUACAACAUUAGAACGCGAAAAUGAGCAACGGCGGAAUUUUGAGAUGGAGUUUUGUGGGCGUGAAGUUAUGAAUGUUAUUGCUUGUGAAGGUCUUCAGAGGGUGGAGAGACCCGAGACUUACAAACAGUGGCAGGUCCGAAUCUCACGGGCUGGGUUCAAGACUAGAAAUAUGGAUCAGGACCUUAUGUCAGAACUUAAAUGUCGGGUGAAGGCUGGGUAUCACAAAGAUUUUGUGUUUGAUGAAGAUGGCAAAUGGAUGCUACAGGGAUGGAAGGGUCGGAUUUUAUACGCCAGUUCAUGUUGGGUACCAGCCUAGGAAGCCUAUAUUUUUAUGUAACUCUAGCCAGGGAAUUUUUUGCAUAGCUGCGGCUCUCAGACUUCUUCUGGCAUGGACGUCUUAUAAAUUUGAUCAAAGAAUAUAACAGAUAGCGGUUGGAUGGUGGAACUCACUCAUCAUUAGAGGGUGGCUGAAUAUCUUGACGUUGUUUUGGUGAGGUAAUAUGUGGUAUAAGUCGGUUGCACGUUACUUGCCUGUAUGCAGAUGGCAGAUUGGCAGCCAUGCUGGCAUGUUUUAGUUGAAUAUAGAUCCAUUAGAUCUAUAAAACGCUAUGGUUUGUAAUCUGUAUGUACAUAAAAAAAAAGAAGUUGUAUGACAGUAGGUACUCUGCGCAAAUAUUUCGGAUUUGUUUAUUAGUGUGUUAGGGUGGAAAGUGUUAACAUAGUUAUCUGUUUGAAAGUU